UGUCGCAAAAAAUAAUGUGAGAGUUUACACACCUAGCUGCCUGCCACAAAACAAUAUAUUUGGUUUUGUUUACCAUUCAAGUUAACUAAGUAAUAUAAUGGACGUCUUACGUCCAGCAUUGAUCAACAUAAAUGGCAGAAUUUACAGAAGAAAUACUAUCAAAGAAGACCAGUAUGAACCGGAGGAAGAGGAGGACUUUUCCUACAUGGGACCACCAGCGAGUUCACCGUUAGAGGAAGAAGACGGGUCCUGUGACAGCCGCCCCAUAGAACCGACUGAAAAAGGUUUCCGCUGUGCCAUUGACGUCCCAUCUGUUCUAUACAAGUACAUAAUUGGAAAAAAAGGAGAAACGCGACGAAGGCUAGAGUCAGACACGAAGACGUCCAUCAACAUUCCCAAACCAGGAGUGGAAGGACAGAUUGUGAUCACUGGCUCCCAGAAAGCCGCCGUGUCCUCUGCAGUGACUCGCAUUGAAGUGCUGCUGGAGAGCUUUCGGAGGAAGCAGCCCUUCACCCACUUCCUGUCCUUCGCUCUUAACCACCCUCAGGUCCAGGAAGGGUUCCUCAGGUUUAAAGAUCAGGUGUUGGAGCAGUGUUCUCAGGAUCAAGGAAUUGAUGAAAGCAUAUUUCAGAACCCGGCUAAACUUCAUGUAACAGUGGGCACCUUGGUUCUCCUGAAUGACCUGGAAGUAACGAGAGCGUGUGAACAACUCCAGCGUUGUCAGGACAUUAUCAAUACCAUCACAGAACAAAGGCCUCUCCUGCUGGACGUAACCGGCAUUGAGUACAUGAAUGAUGACCCGGCACUGGUGGAUGUCUUGUAUGCCAAGGUCCAAGUUAAAGAUGGCUCGGACAAGCUGCAGGCCAUUGCGGAUCGGCUCCUGGAUCACUUUGUUUCCACAGGGCUCAUGGUCAGAGAGUGGGACAGAGUGAAACUGCACGGCACAGUGAUGAACACACUGUUCAGGAAGGAUGCUUCAGCAGACGUUGCUGGGAGAAGAACCAACAUGAAGGAGCGCGAGCCCUUUGAUGCCAGGAACAUUUUAAAGAGCUUUGGUUCGUACCACUUUGGGGAGUUGGAACUGAAGGCUGUCCAGAUCUCCCAGAGGUAUUCUACAGACUGCAAUGGCUUCUACACCUCAGUCGGACUUCUCAACUUCUCGUGACGCUCUCCCUUGAACGUUGACUCAGGUUGGAGGUGAAGAGCGAAGCUGCAAGGACUGCCCGCUGUGGUGGACACCCCCGGCUGGGAGGUGCGCGUGUGGAUUGCGGGGACCCUCUCUGACACCCACUGUCGCCACGGCCUUGGCUGCCCGUCUCGGAAGGUGCCAGUGGCAGCCAAGCUGUGCCUUAAAGUGUUAUGACAUUAACGCUGCAGCGCCAAGCUGUCCACCAGGCUAUCAAACAUUCAACUCCAGAUGAGAUGUACAGUAAUUGUAUCGUUGACUUUGUUGGAUUUAAUUAUUUGUCACCCAUUGACUUGAUGUCCAGGUUUAGUGUUGGAAUGUGGGACUGUUACGUGGGAUAAAUCUGUUAAAGUCUC